CGAAUUUAUGUGCUGACUGAUUCAUAUAAGAAGAUCGCCGCCUCUCUGGGCAUGUUGGCCCCCGACAACAGUCACACCAUUACAAUAAAAACCCCCCCCUAAUUAUCAAGCUAAGAUCCAUAUCAGAUCUCAAUCUCAUCGCGGCAUCUGAAACAAGCACACAAAUUACUUGCCAAUUGGCCUCCCAUUCACCAAGCAAUUACCUCUACCAUUCCUCAAUCACAACAAGAUGCAUUUCUCUGGACACAAGACCACUCAGCAGGAAGGUGCAGAGUUCCAACCUCGUCGCCAUUCCCUUCGCGAUCUUCAGGCGAGAGCAUAUGCCAAGUGGGUUUUAGAGACCUCAAAACCACGAAAGCAUCACACUAGCAGUUUCGAAGCGGAACGGGCCCGACGACACUCUGCGAAUGAGGAAGAUGUAAUCAUGAGAACGUGAAGAGGGUCUAUUUCUGGAAGCGCUGGAGUUGGUUGGUAUCCUGUUCAGGAACGGAGUCUGUCGCCGACUUUGAGUACAGGCUCUUGACAGCGAAUUCCAUAGUCGAAAUGGUUGAAGGCACUGUAUUUUUAUAAUUGAUGUAUAUACAUACUAAUGCAACUU